AUGUUUAGAUUCGGUUCUCUGGGCUCAGGACAGACUGGACGUUUAGGCUCCAACUGGUCAGGGCAUCGUCCCUCUUACAGCAGCAGUCUUCGGCCAUUUCCGGUUCCCAGUUUUGUCAACUACUAUCUGUACGGCUCCACUGACGGCAACAAGCCGGCGACAACCAAACCUGGCACGGCAGCGCAGAUUGCUCCAAAGCCCGACCAUGAUUCCACAGUUACAAAACCAGACCCGAGCAAGGUACUCACGGUGGACAGCCUUGACCUCAAGGUCACGGAAAACACCAAGGCUCACCACACGGACGAGUACGACAUCAGCCAGGCCAAGACUGACCCCAAGUUGGUGGUGAGGCGAGGUCAGCCGUUCAACAUAGAGAUCAAGUUCUCCAAGGGAUACAACCAGGAAAUUGACGAUUUGCGCAUUGUGUUCGAGGCAGGUUCCAAUCCAUCGGUCACCCAAGGCACCAGUGUUGAGUUCAUCUUAUCAGACGACGACGAACCAAAGAAAUGGGGCGCCAAGAUUGAUUCACAGAAGGACACGACACUGACCGUCACCGUGUUCACCCCUCCCACCUGCUACGUCGGAAAGUGGACGCUGAAGAUUGACGUGGUCAAGAAAGUUGACCGUGACGUCAACAUUUUCAGAUACCAGCACAGAGAUCCAAUAUACAUCAUCUUCAACCCGUGGUGCAAAGAUGACGCCGUGUACAUGGAGAAACAGGAACAGCUGAAUGAGUACAUCCUGUGUGAGACAGGCGGCAUCUAUGUGGGCAGUGAGAACAGUGUGAGUUACAGGCCAUGGAGCUUCUCCCAGUUCGACUCCUGUGUCCUGGACGUGGCACUGUAUCUGCUGGACAAGUCUGGCAUCAACUGGGCCGUCAGGGGGAACCCCAUCCCCAUCGUCCGCAAGCUGUCGGCAUUGAUCAACGCACAGGACGACAACGGCGUGCUGGAGGGCAGCUGGUCAGGCAACUACCCGGGUGGUCAGUCACCCGUCUCCUGGACCGGCUCGGGGAAGAUUCUGGAAAAAUACUGGAAAACAAAAACGCCGGUGAAAUAUGGACAGUGCUGGGUCUUUUCCGGAUUAGGCACAACCCUGUGUCGUACCCUGGGAAUUCCCGCACGAAGCGUCACCAACUUCGAGUCGGCGCAUGACACGGACGGGUCCAUUACAAUAGACUACAUCAACGUGGCCGGAGGCUGGAAGAACGAGCGGGACUCUGUGUGGAAUUUCCAUGUAUGGAACGAGGCUUGGAUGUCAAGGCCGGACCUGCCUGAGGGUUAUGGCGGCUGGCAGGCAUUCGAUGCCACCCCACAGGAAACCUCUGACGGCAUAUAUUGCUGCGGGCCUGCCUCUGUGAUUGCCAUCAAAGAGGGGAGAAUUGAUCUGCCGUAUGAUGGGGCUUUUAUUUUUGCUGAAGUCAACGCUGAUAAAGCGUUUUGGAAACACGACAGUAUGGGCAAACUUCAGUGUGUGGACCUUCUUAAAGAUGUUGUGGGUAAACACAUCAGCACCAAGGCCGUCAACAACCAUCAGAGGGAAGACGUCACAGGCCAUUACAAACACCCUGAAGGUUCCGCUGCCGAGAGAGCGGCUGUCAGAAAUGCCAAUCAGUCCGUCUCCAACAGAACAAAACCUAACCUCUACAGCAUAGCAGCUAAUGACGUACAGUUCACCAUUGUGCAAGACACUGAGAACACCUUUCUGGGCAACAACUUCGAGCUGUCGCUGGUGGUCACCAACGGCGCGAAGGUCAAGCGGACGGUCAGUGGUCAGAUAGAGGUUAGCUCCAUGUUCUACACAGGAGUCGUGUCGGAUAAGAUCAAGUCUGACCCUUUCAAGAUCGUGGUUGAGCCUGGAAAAGAAACAACCCACAAGCUGGUGGUGACAUUGGAGGAGUAUGAAAGCAAACUUAAAGACUUCUACAUGCUGGACGUUUCCGUGUGGGCGGAAGUGGAGGAAACGAAACAAUUCUUCAUCAAGAAACAAAAUUACCGGCUACGGAAACCUCAUCUAAAAAUAACGGGCCCGAGUGCGGUUGUGAGUGGUCAAGAGUAUAAAUAUAACGUCUCGUUUGUGAACCCACUGAACCGUACACUGACCGACUGUUUUGUCGUGGUGGACGGACUGGGCAAAUCAACCAAAUUCAGACAAAGUAAUGUUCCGCCCAAGAGCACCUUCAUCGCCACCAUUCCAGUGACUCCUAUCAAGUCCACCAAAUCAGAGAUCAUUUUAAACUUCAACUCGGAAGAGCUCCAGGAUAUCAAUGUUUCCCAUCAUUUACUCAUUCAAAAUGCUUAA